UAAAUAAGAUUGCUGAUGUCUUUCGAAACCAAGCAACUUUAAUCUGAAACAUUAUUCUAUAAAACUUAUCUCAAGAAUGAUUAGAAAUGCCAAUUUCCAACGAAACUCACCCUGUAUAUAUGUAUAGUCAUCGGCGCCCGAGGGAUUUUCGUGAGCAGAUUACGUUUGCCCGUUCUAAAAUAAAAGCAGGAUCCGCUCCGGGAUAAACUCGGGAUGAAAUCCACGGAAGGUGAGUCUGCGCGCGCGGGGCGCAUAUUAGGUCUUCGAUAUAUGUACGUACGAUAGGACCGCGCACAGUAGAAGGAGGCGCACAGGUAGAGCCUGGCGACAACUGCUGGGGUUUGUGGUGGUUGAUAUCGACCCGGGUCGGAGGGUCGUGUGGCGGCCUCAGGAUCGCAGGGCGCACGCCUGAACGUAUAUAUACGUGGCUACUAAGGGGAAAAGGAGAGCGCGGCGGCGAAAACGGCGCGACAGACGGAGAUAAAUAUACGGGGGUGAGGGAGCGGCGCCAGGGAGGGUGGCGAGGAAUAUAUCGGCGACAAUGUAUAUACGCGAUCGUGGAGGAGGUAGGCCGUGCAGAAGAGGUAGUAGCUGUCCGCCGGUAGUAGCAACCCGGCUGGCUGAAGCACCUUACCACGCGGGUGCGGAUGCUGCGUCCUGAGAGAAGCUCGUCCGGCACUCGACACGCGCGCGAGCGCGCGUGUACGCCUGUAUGUGUGAGUGCGUGAAUAUUGCGGGUGUACGCGUAUCGCGUUCUCAGGAUAAUAGCCGCGUCAGCGAGUUCGGGGAUCCUAAAUGCGGAUUCCGCGCCUGACUCGCGGGUCGCUCGAGACAAGACUUGAAGAUCGACGAAGCAACGAGCGGGAUCACUAGGGGAUCUUGAUAAGUUCUCCUGGGAACCACAAGAGUAUGUGUCCACGAGAAAACGGUGGCGAGAUGAUGAUCGUGCCGUGUCGGUCGAUCGUCCUUAUAAAGGAGAAAGCGACGAUCGCGGAGAUGUUGUAGAAUGUGUGAUUGUUGCGUAGCGCAUGUUUUAACGGAAGACGACGACGACGGCGAUAAUAACAUCGACGCCAUGUCGCAGCGACAGGAAACGACGACGAACGAGGAAUCCUACCUGAACUGUGGCAGACCGUCGAAUCUGCUCAAGACGAGCUUCAGCAGCGCUCGACUCGAGAAGCUGUAUCGCGCCUCAUCUCUGCAGCAGCGUCGCGGCGGCCUCACGUGUUUCCUGAUGUCGGCGAUCCUGUACGGCGUUUACGCGGUGGCAGUGCCGGGUAUCGAGCUGCUAGCGCGUACCGUCACCGCCGUGUUCCUCAGCCUGAACAUCGGCCUGCUGAUAUGGGCCGAGCAUGGCACCAAGGCGAGAAAUUCACUCUGGUCGGUGGUACCGUGUAUAGUCGGACAGAUGUGGAUCGUUCACCUGCCCGCACAGAUGUUCCUCAAGUCUACCAAGGUCACGCCGAGGGAUAGCCUAGGCUGGAUGCUGCUGUUGCUAUACUUGCUGUUCGCCAGCCUGCCGCUCAAGCUCUGCCGUUGCACGUUGCUCGCGCUCAGCAGCGUUCUCAUCUACUUCUUCGCCGUGAUCGGCCUCUCCAGCGCGACGUUGGAGGAUCUCAAGUCACAGCCCAUCGACAUUAUGAUCCUGACGGUGACACUCUUUGCCGGCGCCGCUAUUUUGGGUGCUUGCAGCUACUGUCUGGCCGAGUUCCAGCAGCGCCGGGCGUUUCUGGAGACCAGGCAGAGCCUGGAGGUCCAGCUGAUGAUCGAGGAGCAGAGCGCGGAGCAGGAACGGCUGCUGCUAAGCGUUCUACCGGAACACGUCGCGGUCAAGAUGCGGCAGGACCUCGGCGCCUCCCUCGACACACAAUUCAAGAAGAUCUACAUGUCCAGGCACGAGAACGUGUCGAUACUUUACGCCGACAUAGUCGGUUUCACCGCGAUCUCGUCGACCUACAGCGCCAGCGAGCUCGUCAAGAUACUCAACGAGCUGUUCGCGCGAUUCGAUCAGCUCAGCGAACGAUACGAGCAAAUGCGUAUCAAGAUCCUGGGGGACUGUUACUACUGCAUAAGUGGUGCGCCCGUCGAAAGGCCAGACCACGCGGUCCUCUGUGUGUACAUGGGUCUGUCCAUGGUGGAGGCGAUCAAGUACGUUCAACAGACGACAAACAGCCCCGUCGACAUGAGGGUGGGCAUCCAUACGGGCGCGGUGCUCGCCGGGGUCCUCGGCCAAAGGCAGUGGCAGUUUGACGUUUACAGCAAGGACGUCGAGCUGGCGAAUAAGAUGGAGAGCAGCGGAAGAGCUGGGAGGGUGCACAUUUCGAACGCGACGUUGAGCUUUCUGAAUGGAGAAUUCGAGGUCGAGCCGGCGCAUGGGGAAGAUCGGGAGGAGGCACUCCAAAAGGCCGGCCUUGUCACUUACUUUAUAGUGAGAGCCUUGAAGCCGUUUAAGCCAGCGGUAACAAAAAGUCUCGCGUCGCUGGCCGAUGCGGAGAAUUCGCAAAGGAUAAUGGAAAAUUCACAAGACAUGGGGGACAAUAGCAAGGAGGACUCCGAGGAAUUUCAACAACGUCUGAGAAAAAAGCUCGACAGUAGAGGUGGUGUUACCGACCUGAAAGGUCACGUCUCCUGGUUGACCCUACGGUUCAAGGAUCCGGGAGUGGAGACGGCGUUCCACGAAACAUUGGAAACCUUCUCGCCGUUGUCGCUCCUCGGCGGGCCCUUGGUGACGAUGUGCGCGGCCCCGGUCUGGAGGCUGCAACCCUGGGGACCGUUCACGUGGGGUGGUGCCGGCGUAGUCGCCCUCUUCGGCAUCGUUCUAGCCGGGGCCACUUGUCUGAGUAGCGCCGUCAGAGCAACGUGGCUCAGAAGCACUCUCACGCUCCUAAUGACUUUCUCCCUUAUCAUUUUUCUGCUAUUGGACAUGACCAACUGUGCGAUCAUUGAUGAGGUCGAGCCGCCAAGAAACUUCUCGCAAAUUAUAAACUGGCGGUCCUCGAGAUGUCCUUAUCCUUCGUAUUAUUCGUACAUCGGCGUCCUCGCGCUCAUCGCCAUCUCGAUGCCGACUUACCUAUGUUACCUGACCAAGGCGUGCCUGAUGUAUUUUCUUGCCGGCGCGCAGUCCUGCAUCAACAUUUUGUUCCUUGCUCCGAGCCUCGAUAGGGAAGACAUGGAGGAUACUUCUGGGCGAUGGGUGCCCUUCCCGCUGAAAUACUCGUUGGCGACCACUCUGUUCAUCGUCGCGACCGCGCUGAUCAUCGUGGCGAGAUACGCUGAGAAGGCGCGAAGAAUUUUAUAUGUACGGGGACGAGAAGUGAUAGCGCAGAGAGAACGAGCGGCGGACAUGAAGCGGAGAAACGGCGCGCUAAUAUACAACAUCCUGCCGCCUCAUGUGGCCGCCUAUUUCCUGUCGCACGCGAGACACUACGACGAUCUCUAUAGUCAGAGCUACGCCGAGGUGGGUGUGCUGUUUGCCAGCAUGCCGAAUUUCGCCGACUUCUACAGCGAGGAGAGCAUCAACAAUCAAGGCCUCGAGUGCCUCAGAUUCCUGAAUGAGGUCAUCUCCGAUUUCGACGCUAUUCUUGAUCAGAAUAAGUUUAAGGACAUCAUCAAGAUCAAGACGAUAGGCUCGACUUAUAUGGCGGCCUCGGGAAUAACCGAUGCAAUCGGUUCGACGCAAUCGGAGAACGGUCCCCGGUGGGAUCAUCUCGUCACCCUCGUUGAUUUCGCUUUAGAGCUUAAAAAGGCUCUGUCAAGUAUUAACGAGCAGAGCUUCAAUCAUUUUGUUCUAAAAAUGGGCAUCAAUCAUGGACCGGUAACUGCCGGUGUCAUUGGGGCGCGAAAGCCUCACUAUGACAUUUGGGGCAACACUGUCAAUGUCGCGUCGAGGAUGGAGAGCACAGGAAAGGUCGGCUGUAUUCAGGUUACUGACGAGACGCGGAGGAUAUUGGAGCCGUUCGGUUUCGGAUUCGAGCAGCGAGGUCUCGUGUUCGUCAAGGGCAAGGGACAGCUCUUGACGCACUACCUCGUCUCCAAGGACGGCGUCUUUCUUGAUCUGGACAGCGAUCUGCCCGUUGAACCUACUCAUCCGAUAAUCUAUCAAUAAAUGUAAUGAAGGCUCUAACUCAAAAGGAUCAUUGUAAAUUUUCAAGGGAGGACAAUUGGAACAAAGUCCCAUUACAGCUUUCUUCGAAAUGUAACAGAGAUUGGAUGUUUGUAAGAAAAAUUUAACAUCCAAUCUGAUAUUCGUUCGUGAAGCGACGAGCGAGAGGAGAGACGAGUUGUAACUUAGACGACAUUUCUAUACGUCGAACGAAAUUUUCUUGAAGAACGUUCGGCGAGCUAAAUGUAUUGUCGUAGAGAACUCUCUAAAUGUUAGCAUCCUCGUGUCUCUCAUGGGGAAGAGAUUGCACAUGGAAGAAAGAACGAGAAGGACCGGAUCGGGUAGGAUCGAUGCCUAGAUCGUUUACAGCUGUUCUCGAGUGUCAUCGUACGUCACCAUAUCAUCCAUCGAUUAACGUGAAGGGAGAGAGUAUAGUCGCGUUGAUUACUCGUUAUCAUAACGUUUGCACGCACGCGUACAAGCGGGGGUCGUACAUGCGUUCCGCGAAUGGCGAGGGUAUAUCAAAUUCGCGUACAGGGUAUAUUUGAAAAAAAAAAAAAUCGAAGAGUAAUAAGGAUUCUGGAGACAUAUUACAGACCGAAUGAAAUGAUAUUUUGAUGUGUCGCCAUGUAAAUAGCAACAGAUCCGUAGGUGAGGAAACACAAACGUAAUAUUGUUAACAGAUGUAAUAUAAUAGCAAAUGGAUGUGUUUAAUGGAUGAAGCAUCGAGAAUCAGAAUAACGUAGAAGACUAAUUAUUUCGUGUGUGUUAAAUUUCGCAGACCUAACUUCUUUCUCUAAAUUAUACUGACACAAAAAAAAAACAAUUCACGACAGGAUUUUUAUUAAGAAUCUUUAUUAGCGCAGGUAAUAAUUAAAAAAGAAAACUCUAUAUCUCAAAAUAGAAAGAAAGCUUCUCUUUGGAAAGAGAAAGAAAGGAAGAGAAUCUUGAGAAAAAGAUAGAAAUAUUAGCAAAACGAGAUUUGACAUUUUUGAUUAUCGGUGACGUUUGUGUAUAAUUUGAUCGUUUAUCCGAUGACCCGAAAUCAGAGUAUGUCAUAGCGGAACGUCGAUUUAGCAAAGAACUAUAUAUUCACCUUCCGGAUACACAUCAUCGAGCGCACAGCCGAGAGAUAUAUCAGAGACAGUAAAUAUAAUAUAUAACUUAAUAAAGGGAAAGAAUAAAAGCAACAAAAACACAUACACACUCUAGGGAUUAGAAACAUGUGCCGUAUAAAAACAAAAGAAGAGGAAGGAGAAAGUAAACAAAAAAAAAAAAUGAAACACACAAUCGCCGAUACGGUAGUAAUUUAUUUUUCUACAGUCGUCGAGUUUACCAAGAUUACUCGGGUACGUACGGAUAACGCGAACACGAGGAAGCUUAAGAAAAUUUUCUACUAAUUCUUUCGUUACGUACGACGGCACAAAUUCCAAUGCAAAUAUAAUCAUCUCUCCCUGCGCGUGUUCAGAAGGUAUUUUAUUCAAACGGUCUUGAUAUCAGAUUCUCGUAUGACAGUGCAACGUACUCGUGCAAUAUAUGGCCACGUUGAAUAUGUAUAACGAAAGGGUUGCGCGAGAGAGAAAGGUAGAGUGAGAGAGAGGGAGAGAACGACGAGAGACUGAAUGAAAAAAAAAAAAAAAAAAAGAAAAAAAAAAGAAAAAACAA